AUGGCAGCUGACGCACAAGCCAUCGCAAUAGGUUUCUUUUCAAUAUUGGCUGUUUUGCUUGGUGUUCCUGGUAACACUGCCGUCAUCGUGUCCAUAUGUAAAACACGCAACCUGCUCAGAAAUAGCCACUAUUAUCUCCUUCUUCAUCUGGCAAUUUGCGACCUAGUGCAACUAAUAUUUUUCAUAGGUGAUAUCUAUACCGUUUUCAAUGAUAACACAGAAGUUUCUUCGAGCUCUCGUAUUUUGUGCAAGAUCUGGUCACCCACAUACACAUCGUGUUUCAUCGCCGGAGUUUAUUUUCUGGUCCUCAUUUCUGUGUCUCGCUACCGUGCGAUUGUGCAGCCAUUCAAGCCUCCUAUUAGCCGGAAAAUGUUGAAGAUUUAUUCAGCUUCUAUCUACCUCAUCGCAGUACUUUGUAUCAUCCCAUAUGCACUAGUCCUAACGUUUGAUGAAAGUCAAGGAGCGAGUAUAUGUUACGAGCAAUGGCCUUUUCAAUCUCUUAACAUCGUCUACACGGUAUUUCUGGCGAUCGUUCAAUAUCUAAUGCCUGUUGCCUUCCUAUCUGUUGUUUAUUUCAAAAUAUGUAAGACGCUUGUCAUACAAUCAAAGAUAGUGAAUGAACAUAAACUUCGACAACACGGCCCACGUCAGAAUAGAAAGACGUUUCUGGUUUGCUUUAUCAUUGUCAUAUGUUUCGCAAUCUCCGCAGGUCCAAGUCAAGUUGCAUGGAUGAUUCCUGCGACCACCUCCAGCGAAAUUUCUGGCAGUAUGUCUUCUUGGUUUAAUGUCUUGAGAGUUUUCGGAACAUUGGUCAUUAAUCCCUACGUAUACGGAGCGUUCGAUAAAAAAGUGUUUUCAUUCUUUUUUGUAUGGUUGCGAAUUGGAAUUGAUUGACUAAAAUGCCGCAUUUGAUUUGAAAAAAUUGCAGCGGUUCGAAAAUGUUCCGCUUAGUGGUCGCGUUUACACGAUGCCGGUACCGAGGCCGGUACAACAUAUCAUAAUUGUUUGUCAUGUGGCAUUUCUUUUCCACUAAGAUUUUAAACAAGAAUAUCGCUGCCAGAAAACAUGUCACCGAAAAAAGCUAGUAGAGAGAGAACACCUACCGAAGGUCAGCCUGAUAAUUUUACAUGGAUUAAUUACUAAUAAGUCAUUUAAGGCUGCUUU